AACAAGGCGAUGAUGGAGAACAAAAGCUCCGUGCUCUACCUCGCCACAUUUGAAGCCCCGUACCCUGUGCAGGUGCUCAUAUUCAGCCUGUGCCUUGCGAUGUACCUAACUACAACUGCAGCCAAUCUGCUGGUGCUCGUAACGGUGGCAGUGUCCACAGACUUACACAAGCCCAUGCACAUAUUUUUGUGCAAUCUUGUGAUUGGCGACAUCAUUGGCAGCACAGGUGGCUUGCCCAAGCAACUGCAUGUCCUCCUGACGGGCAACAGAGAGAUCAUGUUCAUUCCAUGUGUCGCACAGAUGUUCACACUUCACACAUUCGCCUUAAAUGAGAUUUUUACAUUGGCUCUUAUGUCUGUUGAUCGCUACCUGGCCAUCUGCUAUCCAUUGCACUACCACACCAAGGUUACUGCAAAGAGAUCCAUUUUCAUCGCAUUACUGUCCUGGCUGAUUUCAAUCAUUUCAGUCAGCAUUCAAGCCACAUUUCUUCUUUCAAUUACAUUAAAAGAAAAUAACAGGCAAAUCCAGGGCAUAGCCUGUGAUAACGUUGGCAUUGUAAGUUUAGCCGCCAACGACACUAGCAAAAUAGAGAUGUAUGGAAAAUCCAAGAUUUUCCUAACCGUUGGCUUUCCUUUCUGUGUCAUUGCGUUCACCUACGUUCGGAUUCUUGUCGAGUGCAAGAACUCGAACUCCACCGAGUUCAGGAGCAAAGCUCUGCACACAUUCGGCACGCAUUUCAUGGCGCUCGCCGUCUUUUUCACGGUGCUUUUCUUAGACAUCCUUUUGCCGCGCUUUGUGAAGAAUGCCGACAGCGAGGGCGUGAGAAACUUGAGAUCCUCAGUUCAGUUGGUGUUCUUGCUCAGCCCGGUUGCGAACGUACUCAUUUACUGCCUCCGUACGACUGAGUUGAGACUCGCAAUUAGUAAGCACUUCAAGAAGAUCUCGCCUCGUGUGCAUUCCUGUAAAACCAUCAAAUAUCACCUUUCAGGUCAUUGUUGA